ACAAUUUUCACAUAAAUGUGUUUGUCAAUGUUGUUUCAGCGUCAUGAGAAGUUGUGAAUAAUUGUGACUUGUGUGGAAAAAAUCAACAGAAACAGCAACGUAUACAGUUUUUCGUAAUGGCAGAAAAGAGGAAAACUAAAAAGCGCAAAGAGGAGUUCGGUGAACCGCCGGAAUCAGAGAAGGCAACCAGCGACGAAUACGCGGUUGCUAAAUGGCUAAAGGCAAACGUACCAACGAAGAAAACAAAAUUUUUGAACCAUCACGUCGAGUAUUUUACUGGCACAAAGGCAGUCGACGCAUUGUUAACAUCAAAAUGGGCAACUGGCAAGAAUCCGCUUUUCACGAAUCGUCUCGAAGUAACGGACUUUUUACAUCUAAUGCUGCUACAUAAAUUGUUCCACAGGGCUAAAAAGGUACCAGUAAGUGAGCAAGAAUUGAAGGGUAAAUCAAAGAAGAAGGACAUUGAGAAAUCAAGCAAAAGUGGAGAUGAGAAAGAUGGAGACAAAGCCAGCGCUACUGAGGGUAAAGACAAAGAGAACAAAGAGAAAGAGAAGAAGAAACGCAAGAUACGUCUCGAGAUGCAUUUGGAGCAAGUGUUCCUGGACAGUUUGGACGCGUACGUGUGGAUAUACGACCCGAUGCCGUGGUACUAUUGGGUGUGCGGGGCGCUCGUUGUGUUCGGAGUUAUCGGGGUUUGCAUGUUCCCGCUGUGGCCGGCUACUGUUAGAAAAGGCGUAUACUACCUAAGUAUCGCGGCAGCAGCUUUCCUCGUGAUGAUCAUAGUACUUGCCGUAUUACGAGUGGUCGUGUUCUGUCUGGUUUGGAUCCUAACACUAUCCAGACAUCACCUGUGGCUUCUGCCCAACCUGACCGAGGAUGUGGGCUUCUUUGCGUCCUUCUGGCCAUUGUAUAAGUACGAAUACCGCGGGCCGGGCUCCGACAGCGACAAGGCGAAAGGCAAGAAGAAACGCAAGAAAGACAAGCAGUCAGACGAUGAAAAUGAAGAAAAGACUCCGCUGAUACAAGCGGAGACUCCGCCCCCGGUCAGCGAGCCCACGCCGACCGUGGAUAGCGGGGAAAAAGAGGAACCACAAGAGCAGGAAACAUUUCCUGACUCCACAUCAGCGGAGAAACACUCAGAGUCGGACACAGACAACAGCCAACGUUCCUCAACGGACAGGGACUUUGAGAUUGUUGAAACCGCUGACUUGGAACAAGACACACACACUUAGACAUUCUUAUUUAUUUACACGGUUUGUAAAUUUAAAUCGAUUAAUAACAUGAUUCGGAGUAAAUUACUAGCACGGAGUAAAAUUUUUGGAAUUUAUUGUUCUUUUUUGUUGAUGUUAUACUAGCUGUCAAAGGAAAAUUCAUUGUUGCCGUUGCAGUGGAAUAAAAUCUAUCGUUUGUCCGGUUUCAAAACUAUAGUUCUAGCAAAUUUCAUCCAAUUUGGUUUAGUUUAGUUGUGAAAAAUGAAAACAUACAGAUAGUUUCGCAUUUAUGAUAUAUGGAAUAUCACCUAUGUUACUUAUAAAAUCAAUCUGUAUCUACAAUGUUAAAUGAUAAAAAGCGAAAGCUAUCAUAAUCAAGUAAAAAAAUUGGUUGCCUUUUGCUCCAUCGAAUAAAGAGCUUUCUUUACAUCACAAGCUAGCUAAAUUUAUAGUAAAAUAUAUAAAACUCAUUUUAUAGCAAUGGACAAAUUAUAUUAUUUUUUGAUUUAAAUUUAUGUGAGUGAACCAAUGUACUAUCUUCGGUUAUCUGUGUUAUAGGUAAAUUAUAUACAUAGUUAAAAGUAACUAUGUGACUGAGGCCUAUUUUUUUUAUUCGUGGCUUAAGCAAAUAUACCAAAUUAUUGUUAUAUAAUUUCGAAUAAAAUAUAAAUUCCAAUUCUAUACAAUCGCGGAUAUCUAUCCGUGUUUUAUGAAAGUGAUUGACAAAUAUAAAAUUAUUAAUAAUAAAUUUAUAUAUUAUAUUUUAUGUGCAGACUACCGAAGACGUUACAUGAAAUACACUGUAGAUCGGUUAGGAUACACAAAUUAGAAUAUAAUUUUAUAGUAUUUCUGACAUGGUUUCUAGUUUGAAUUUAAUUAACUAAUUAUGAAAAAAAUAAUAGGUAUUUUAUUAAUAAAUGGUGGUAGUUAAUUUUAUGAAAUUAUGUUGCAUUUCUAGUAUAAGCCUGGGGAAAUCUCUACAGCAUAAUAUCUAAUAUUAUUUAUAUUUCUAUCUCAAUUUUAUAAUAACUAAGUAUAGUUAAAAUUCAAACUAGAAACGAUACAAUGUUUUAUAAUAAUAGACGAUUUUAGAGAAAUAAUUAUAAUGCAAUUAUUUUUGCAUACUUCGUGUAUUAUUUGUAUUCGUGUCGAUCAUUUUGUGAUUUAAUAUUUUUGGUGCUGUUUUUAUUGUAGCGUUUUUACGCUUACAUGCAUUUUAUUUAGUCUGUGGACUAUAGUUUAUACUCAAAGCUUUGGAAAUUAUCUGUGAUUGACAGCCUUGUGUGAUAUGCACACUUUUUUUCUUUUCUUUUUUUUUCUAUACCUAAAAUAUAUAUUAAUAACACAUUCAACGCGUAACAUAUCAACUUAUAAAUGAAAUUGAAUACGCGUCAAAUUUUAUUUUUAUUUAUUAUUUCACAUUUUUAUAUUUAUUGAGUUUGAACUAUAGCACUGCACUCUAAUAAUCGUGUUUGUAAAUAUGUAAUUCUCUCUAGUAUCAAGAUCUAUUGGUGUUACUACAUAUUGAUCAACCAGUUUUGAUCCAAUAAAACGACAUUUAAUACUUAAA